UACAGCUUGGUCUCCGACCUCCACCAUCCACCGCCUCUUUCCUCUCCAUCGUAAGUCUCUUCUCUACCAUCCGUAGACGGCCCAAGGCCUUCCUUGUCACUCCAUUUCCCACCUGACUAUGGUCUGCUCGUUCUUCUUUGUCGUCAUUUGCCCUUGCUUGAUUGUGUGGCGAUUGCUCAUCGAUUUUCAGGUCGUUGCUCUUAGCUUUCUCCUCUCUCGACAUGGCCUUAAAGCGCAUUAACAAGGAAUUGAUUGACCUCGGCCGCGACCCGCCCUCGUCGUGCAGCGCUGGCCCGACUGGCGAGAACAUGUUCCAAUGGCAGGCAACGAUAAUGGGUCCCGGCGAGUCGCCAUAUGCGGGCGGGGUCUUCUUCCUCUCCAUCAGCUUCCCGACCGACUACCCGUUCAAGCCGCCCAAGGUCAGCUUCACCACCAAGAUCUACCACCCCAACAUCAACGCCAACGGCUCUAUAUGCCUGGACAUCCUCCGGGACCAGUGGUCGCCAGCCCUGACCAUCUCGAAAGGCACGCUUGUCACUGACUGUGGCUUUUUUGAUUCGCCUCCAGUCAAGCAGCUUUGCUCCGAAUUUGCACCGCUCUGGCACACCUUGCGCACUCGGGGGAGUAAGGUCCUCAGAUGCUGGGCACGUGGACGCCUUCCUUCAGUUGCAUUCGCUCGAAAAACCUGCAUGUUGUUGGGCACAAGUAAUGUUUGGCUGGACAACAUACGCUGGGGCCGCAGCGGGAUCGUAGCAAGCUCUGGACAUCAACCGGAGUCCGACGAUAUCAGCUAG